AAUUCUGCAGGGGGUGGUUUCGUAACGCGCCCUCCCUAUAGGGAGGAGUCGGCAUAUAGGGUGAUGGGGCGGGAAAGGCGGCUCAUCGCACACUGCGAAGAGGAGAAAGUCAGAAACUUUGUUUGAGCCUCUUGCAAACCUACAAAUGUUAAUUGUUCAUCGCAAAUACUUUUCAAAUAGUCUACAAAUUUACUCCAGUCUUCAGUGAAUCUGUGGUCUCCUGAAGCAGCGUUCUUAACCCGAGGUACUAUUUCUGGGUUAGCGGAGUCUGUAACCUGAAGCGUCUGUAACCUGAAGCGUCCGUAACCCGAGAGAAUGACUGGAAGUAGCAGCAAAAAGCACAGCAUGGAUGUAGAAAACCCCGUCAAGGAAACAGUCCUUAUUACAGGAGGAGGUGGUUAUUUUGGUUUCCGCCUAGGUGGUGCCCUUUCCAAGAAGGGAGUAGAUGUCAUCCUCUUUGAUGUCACCGAGCCCAUCCAACCGAUGCCACAAGGAGUGAAAUUUGUGCAGGGUGAUGUCCGUGUGGUCUCUGAAGUGGAAAGGGCACUCCGAGGUGCAACCUGCGUCUUCCAUAUUGCUUCCUAUGGGAUGUCUGGCCGGGAGCAGCUGAACCGAAAACUUAUAGAAGACGUCAACCUCAAGGGGACAGAAAACAUAAUUGAAGCUUGCAAGAAAGUGGGCGUCUCAAGGCUGGUUUACACGAGCACCUACAAUGUGGUGUUUGGGGGCCAAGCGAUCGAAAACGGGGAUGAGUCUCUGCCUUAUUUCCCUCUUCAUCUCCACCCUGACCAUUACUCGAGGACCAAAGCCUUAGCUGAGAUGAAGGUUCUGGAAGCAAAUGGAAGCUCCCUUGAGGGAGGGCAAGUGUUGCUGAGGACCUGUGCCUUGAGACCUGCCGCCAUCUAUGGGCCUGGAGAGCAGAGACAUCUGCCGAGGAUCCUUGGCUACCUUGAACAGGGCUUGUUUCAGUUCCUGUUUGGGGAUCCCAGAGACCUAAUGGACUUUGUACAUGUGGACAACUUGGUGGAAGCUCACAUCUUAGCUUCCGAAGCUCUGGGAGUUAGUAAGGGUCACAGGUCAGCUGGUCAAGCUUACUUCAUUUCAGAUGGCAGACCAAUCAACAACUUUGAUUUUUUCCGGCCUUUCGUAGAAGGCUUAGGCUACCCCUUUCCGACUUACCGCCUCCCUCUGUCUGUUGUUUACUACUUCGCAUUUCUCACUGAGAUGGUACAUUCCGUGGUUGGGCGCCUAUAUAACUUCCAGCCCUUCCUCACUCGCACAGAAGUUUACAAAAGUGGUGUCUCUAAUUAUUUCAGCCUGGAAAAGGCCAAGAGGGAGCUGGGGUACACACCAUGUCCACACAGCAUUAAAGAAUCAGUCGAGUGGUUUAAAUCUCAUGGCUAUGUCCAUAAGUCCAGGAGGUACACUGCAAAACAUUUAUUUAGGGACAUGGUACUUGUCCUCCUGUUUGCAGUGGUGAUCCUUUCCUGGUUCCCCAGAGUCUUCUGAUGGGAGAUAUUAGCGAGGAGACAAGCUUCUUUGUACAAUGGUACCUCAGGUAAAUUACUUAAUUCGUUCCGGAGGUCUGUACUUAACCUGAAACUGUUCUUAACCUGAAGCACCACUUUAGCUAAUGGGACCUCCUGCUGCUGCCGUGCUGCCGGAGCACGAUUUC